AUGCUGCGUACGGAAGCGGCCAGCAUUGCUUUCCGAAGCAUGCGUAUACGCGCCCCGACUGUGCGCAUGGCCGCGCGUGCACUUGCGACAGAGGCGAAGCCGAAAGGGGAAAACCCAACGUUUUCCGCGACCACUGUAGAAGAUUUGCAGGGCCACGAUGCGGCGACCAUUCUUCGUGAGGAAGGCACCCGCAGCGAUGCAAAUUUGCGCCACUUUACGGUGAACUUUGGGCCGCAGCAUCCUGCCGCCCACGGCGUGUUGCGUUUGAUUAUGGAGUUGAACGGUGAAGAGAUCCUCCGUGUUGACGUACGUAUCCUAACGCAAACUAAUGCCCAGCCUCACGUCGGUCUCUUGCAUCGCGGUACAGAAAAACUGAUUGAAUACAAGACGUACACACAAGCGCUGCCGUACUUUGACCGCUUGGACUACAGCUCGAUGAUGACAAACGAGCUUUGCUACGCGCGUGCGGUUGAGAAGCUGCUGAACAUCGAAGUGCCCGAGCGCGCAAAAUGGAUCCGUACCUUGUAUGGCGAGCUCACGCGUAUUUCGAAUCACUGCAUGGCUGUGCUAUCCCACAUUAUGGACGUUGGCGGUCUUACCCCUUUCGUCUGGGGUCUUGAGGAGCGUGAAAAGAUUAUGGAGUUUUACGAGCGUGUUUCGGGCGCGCGUAUGCAUGCUGCCUACAUCCGCCCCGGUGGCGUUGCGUUUGAUCUCCCUCCUGGCCUGCUGGACGAUAUUUACCACUUUAUCACCCAAUUUGGCGGCCGUGUGGACGAGAUUGAGGAGCUCGUUACCGCCAACCGUAUCUGGAAGCAGCGCACGGUUGGGAUCGGCACGGUUACCGCAAAAGAGGCGCUUAACUACGGGUUCAGCGGUGUGAUGCUGCGCGGCAGUGGUAUCCCCUGGGACAUCCGCAAAGUCGCGCCGUACGAUGCGUACGACCAGUGCGAGUUCGACGUGCCCGUCGGCGAGCACGGCGACUGCUACGACCGCUACGUUUGCCGCAUGGAAGAGUUCCGGCAGUCGAUUCGCAUCAUCCACCAAUGCUUGAACAAGAUGCCUGCUGGACAGAUCAAGGUGGACGACCACAAGAUCACGCCCCCUCCGCGUGCGAUGAUGAAGGACGGUAUGGAGAGCCUGAUCCACCACUUUAAGCUCUUUUCACAGGGGUACGACGUGCCGCCGGGCGAGACGUAUAGCGCCAUUGAGGCGCCUAAAGGCGAGAUGGGGGUGUACCUCGUGUCCAACGGCACGAACCGUCCCUACCGCUGCUCCAUCUCCGCACCCGGCUUCCGUCACUUGGCCGGCGCCGAUUUCAUGUCGCGCCACCACUAUUUGCCGGAUAUGGUCGCCAUCAUCGGUACGAUGGAUUUGGUGUUUGGCGAGGUCGACAGAUAG